AUGCCGACAAUCAGCCUCCACCCGCUGCCUGCGAACCCGACAACGGGGCAGCAGCCGUCCGCGAGCUUUAGUGCGAGAUCGGCAGGGAGCAGUAUGAGCGUGCCGCUCGCGAGCGCGGCGGGGGGAGGCGGGGUCAACAGGGAGGUAUUGAAGGGGUUGCAGGAUGUCGCGUGGAGUGAUGAUGAGGACGACCCCGACUGUCUCGUCUGCGCUGAACCACUCGACUUGUCAGAUCUGAACUUCAAACCAUGCCAAUGUGGAAUACAGAUCUGUCAAUUCUGCUACAAUCGUCUUCUGACUACGGACGGACGCUGUCCAGGCUGUCGGCGGGUGUACGAUACCAAAGCUGUGGUAUUUCAACCUGUGGACUGGGAAGAGGUCAAGCGGGCGAAGGAAAAGAAGACGCGGAGGGCAAAGACCAUCAAGCAGCUGGAUCAAAUUGGGCGGCGGCAUCUCAUGGGCGUACGGAUCGUGAUGAAGAAUACGGUCUAUGUCGUGGGGAUGAAGCUGCCUGCUGUUGGUGACGAUGCGAUACCCAUACUCCGUACCAACGAGUAUUUCGGGCAAUACGGCAAAAUCUCCCGAAUCUACCUACGCGACCGCACCGCCACCUCCUCCACUUCUGUCCACACCCUCGAUAGCCCCAACCCCCUCACAUCCACCGGCAUCUAUAUCGUUUAUGUCCGCCGAGAAGACGCCGCUCGUGCCAUAUCGGCCCUGGACGGGUUCGCGUCGCCUGGCGGACCGGCGGGCGCGUCAUUGAAGGCGAAUCACGGGACGACGCGGUAUUGUGAUGCGUUCUUGAGGGGGUCGAAGUGCGAUACGAGUGGGUGUACGGGGUUGCAUGAGUGGGGAGGGGAGGGGGAUUGCUUUACAAAGGACGAUUAUGAGAUUGCUCUGACUCGUCCGGCGGAAUACGAUGCCCGGCAGAAGCAGGCGACAAUGACGGUGCCGCCUUUGACCCAAAAGUCGGCAUGGCCAAAACCAUCCGCUGGUGCAGACGAGGCCGUUGGAUCUGCACUACCAGGAUCCGCAAGCUGGGGCAAACCAAUAGGAACCGGCCGCACUCCCGUCCGUCCACCUCCUGCCCCCGCGCCCGCCGCCACCCGGAGCAAAUCCAACCUCAUCCCACUCACGAAAAACCCACUCGCCUUCCCCCUUCCUACUCCCUCCGCCAUCCCCAUCCCGGCCGUCAAGCGCGAAAAGAAGGUCAUUGCAUCGGCAAUGUCUAGAGGACGGAGUACGGAUUCGGUACAGAGCGGAGCGGGGAGCAGCGCGCAGACUUCGCCAAAAAAGAAACCGUUGACUUUGUCGACGAGUACGCUUAUACCCAAGGUGGACACGCCGACACCUACACCUGCUGCAGCAUCCGCUUCCUCAUCGAUGCCUCCCCCUCCACCCGGUCUUCCCAUCCCUGCUCGCGCGAAACACUCCCGCCCUGCGUCCAUCGAUACGGCGACUACAGAAUCGGAGGCUGUUACUGCCCCGCUUGUCGAGAGCGAGCCAGAACCGGAACUCGAUGCUGUAGAGUCUGUACCUACGGGCGAUACCAGUUCCGAAGCAGGCCCUUCCUCUUCCUCACCCGCACCCCAGACCCCUGCCCGUUCCCACGCCGAUUCGAAUCCCCUCCCUCCACCACUCACUUCGGAUCCCAUCUUCCUUCACUCGCCCUACGAAGAACCGCAAAUGUACACCUUCCCCACGUCCGAUCCGGACUUUUCGUUCGUCCUCAACGUCGACCCGGAAGACCUGCGGCGGAUGGAGGGAGAGUACCGGCCGAGCCCGUACUCGAAGCUCCUGGUGGGACUGGCGGAGAUGGGUGUCUUGGCGUCAGAUCUGGCAAGUGCGGGUCUGUCGCAUGCGUUGGGUCGGAAGAGCAAGGGAGGGCAAGAUGGGGGUGGAGGGUGGAAGGGGAUGUUCCAGCCGUUUGACGCGCCCUCCCUGGAGGAGUUUGCGGAUAUGGCUGCUAUGGACGAGAGGGAGGAAGAAGAGGUGGAGGAGCAAGUGGACGAAGUAGAGGAAGAGGAGGCGGAAGCACCUCGUACGACGUCUCGGUUCGAAUUCGCUCGGCCCGUCUCUCGCGCAACGAGCUUUUCGCUCUCGCGUGGCCAGAGCCCCUUCAACCUCCGCGCCAACACGCAGAUUCGGCACGAUGUCGGCGAAGGCAGCUCCGGGUCGGUUGCGUCCGGAUCGGGCGGGUCGCGGCUCAUCUGGCCACCGCAUAUGCAGCACCAGCAGCAGUCUGCGCAGCUCGCCGAGCAGGUCGCGAACGCCGGGACGGGCCACUAUCACGAUUCGCCAUCUACCGAACGGUCCUGGCCUCUCGCGGCGCAUGCGGGAAUGGACCUCUCCCGACCCCCCUCGCAUCGCCCAUUCGAAGAGGAAAAUCAAGCACCGCAACAGCAACAGCAACAACACCCCUCGCACCACUCCCCACUCGUCCAUUCCUUCAACUCACAUCCUCUCCCUCCGCCUCAAUCCGGACCCUUCCCCAUCGGCCUCACACUGCAACAACAGCAGUCGUACACCCACGGACCGCUCCCUUCGGCCUCGGGCCAAGGCGGACAGGGGCAGACGCAGGCGCAAAGGCAGUACGAUGCGCGAUCAUUACAGGCGUUUCAUCAGCAGGCGGCGAUGCGGGGCGGAAAUGCGCAGGCGCAGCAGGUGGGACAAGGAGGAGGGUAUAGGCGCUUCUAG